UAUGCUCUAACAAUUAAAAUACCAUUUUUAUAAAUUGUAGUUUCCCUCUUAGACUUAAAAUUUCUGAAAUUUGUAUUCCCUCUCACAUUUUCCUCUUUCUGGAAACUUGGUUUUUUCUCUAAAAUUUUCCAAACGCUCACAUUUCUCAAUUUUCCCUAAAUAAGGGUUUCGUUCUCUGAGGGAUUCGCUACCAUUGUUAUCAUGGUGGCUUAAUUCAAACUGCGAAGUGGUUUCUUACAGGAUUGGUGGGUCGUGGGUCUACAGAAGUUGAGUUCGAGGAAGACGAAGACACAAGGGUUUCACGGUGUUCUAACAUGGAAGUCGCGAGAUUGGCGUUCUCUGGUUUUCUCUUUCUUUUCUUUUUUGGGUUCUCCUCUUCGUGAGGCAACUGAUGAAGGAGGAGAAGACGAACCGAGGUUUCUCGCGAUUCUGAGUUUUGUUGCGGCUGGAGGUGGAGCGAUUGCAAUGAUGUGGUUGAUUAUGAAGUUCUCGCACGUGGGUUCUGAGUGUGUGUUUGCAGGUCACGAUGCUGCAAGGGAGGCGUUGUUUACGUGACGACGGAGACGAACUCGCGGUGGUUGAUGGUGGCGGAUGAUGGGAUUCUGCGAUGCAAAAGGUUACAAAAACUCGAAGUUCCCUAGUUCAAUUGCUGCUUUCAAAAAAAUGGUAUAACCAGCAAGCGUCCCGAGUUGUGAAUCAAGUUGUUGGGCAUGUAAUUCGCCAUUGCCAUGAUUAUGGAGCAAUUAUUCUCUGUGAUGAAAGUUGUCUGCAAGCCAAUGCUCCUCAAAGGGUUGCCCUCCCACCUCCCACAUAUACUUCUUUUGCUACAAUGUUUCAGUCAAGUAUCCACCCAACUGCCACAACUCCUUCUGCCUCAUGUUUCACCUAUGACAAUGAGGUUUGUCCCAUUUGCCUUAGCAAUGCGAAAGGCAUUGCCUUCGGAUGUAGACAUCAGAAACAACAAGUACGAGGAUUGAUGGACGAACCUUCCAAGUUGUGCUUAACUAAACUACAAAAUUGAUGGACUGAUGCAGAAGCGAUUCAGAUAUUGAGUUUACAUGCUUGAAGAGUGGGAUGGAAAGGUGUUUCUUCAGAGAAGUAUGAGCAACUUUAAGAAAAUAAAAGUCUAGGAGAGAGUUAAGAGUCUAGCAAGCUUAUGGUGCAUAAGAGCUCGAGUCUUUUUUAGUACAAGACAAUCAUCUAGUGGAAAUAAAAUUUAGGAAGAUUGUGAUAUUUUUUAGGAUAAAAUUAUAUGUACUUUAUUAUGAAUUUUGAGUGUUUAUUGAUUAAGUUGUA